UCCCUGCCGCCCGCUCUCCGGUCUCUCUCGCUUUAGAGGCUCCCACGGCAGUUCCCAGCCACUGUGUUCAGCCUGCCUGCCUGCCUCUGUGUGUGCGUGUGUGUGUGCGUGCGUGUGUGUGAGUGUGUGUAUGCGCGCGCGCGCGUGUGUGCGAGCGUGUGCGUGCGGCUACUUUGUAGUGGGGAGAACACAGCCCAUGUGCUCUGCAUGGACGUUACUGAUACUCUGUUUGGCUUGAUUUUCGACAAGCAGGCAAGAUGUCCAGCACACCACAUGACCCCUUCUAUUCUUCUCCUUUCGGACCGUUCUAUAGGAGACACACACCCUAUAUGGUACAACCAGAGUACCGAAUCUAUGAGAUGAACAAGAGGCUGCAGUCCCGCACCGAGGACAGCGACAACCUCUGGUGGGACGCGUUUGCCACCGAGUUUUUUGAAGAUGAUGCCACAUUAACCCUUUCAUUUUGUUUGGAAGAUGGACCAAAGCGAUACACUAUUGGCAGGACCCUCAUCCCUCGUUAUUUUAGCACUGUGUUUGAAGGAGGGGUGACCGACCUGUACUACAUCCUCAAACACUCGAAGGAAUCCUACCACAACUCAUCCAUCACGGUGGACUGCGACCAGUGUGCGAUGGUCACCCAGCACGGGAAGCCCAUGUUUACCAAGGUGUGUACAGAAGGCAGACUGAUUUUGGAGUUCACCUUUGACGACCUCAUGAGAAUAAAAACGUGGCACUUUACCAUUAGACAAUACAGAGAGUUAGUCCCAAGAAGCAUUCUAGCCAUGCAUGCACAAGAUCCUCAGGUCUUGGAUCAACUGUCCAAAAACAUCACCAGGAUGGGGCUGACAAAUUUCACCCUCAACUACCUCAGGUUGUGUGUAAUACUGGAGCCAAUGCAAGAACUGAUGUCCAGACAUAAAACUUACAACCUCAGUCCGCGGGACUGCCUGAAGACCUGCUUGUUUCAGAAGUGGCAGCGGAUGGUGGCGCCGCCAGCAGAACCCGCAAGGCAACCGACGACCAAACGGAGGAAACGGAAAAACUCCACCAGCAGCACCUCCAACAGCAGCGCGGGCAACGCGGCCAACAGCGCCGGCAGCAAGAAGAAGACCGCGGCCGCCAACCUGAGUCUGACCAGUCAGGUACCUAUUGCUAGCAUUGCUCGUUCUCCGGUGUCAGGCUGCACACUAAGGACAUAAACUCGCGUGGUUGUUUCCCGUCAGGAGGCGAUGUUUAUUUCCUGUAGAAAUCCAAUAUGCGUCUUGGCCCCCCCGCCACUGAGACUUGGCCCCGGUGUUACAGGACACGGUGUGUCUGACCCGGGUCCCCCAGCGCCUCCUCCCGCGAGUGUUUUAAGUGGGCUUCUCUCUUCCAAGGUUCCCUGUAAUAAUGUCAGCUGCUGUUCACAGGAUGUGAUGGUGGUAGGAGAGCCAACUCUGAUGGGAGGUGAGUUUGGGGACGAGGACGAAAGGCUAAUCACUAGAUUAGAAAACACGCAGUAUGAUGCGGCCAACGGCAUGGACGACGAGGAAGACUUCACCAAUUCACCCGCCCUGGGGAACAGCAGUCCAUGGAACAGUAAACCUCCGGCCACUCAAGAGACCAAAUCAGAGAACCCCCCGCCCCAGGCUUCCCAGUAAGAGUGACCGGCUCCAGAAUCCACUGUCCAUAGCCCCCAUGGGUCACGCUCACUAUUUCAGAUCCUUACUUACAGGAGAGGAAGGAGCAGACAUUAAAACUUUGCCAUGCAGAUACCGAUCUCUAAACCACAAUGAUCUGAGUUUCUUUCUUCCUUUUUUUUUUUUUUAAUUGAGAGGACCAUUCCAAAUAAACGUCCAUGACCCCUCCCUGGAGGCCUUCGCAGGUAACACAGAUACUGGCACUGAUCAUAAUUAAAACAAGAGCAAAUGCUAGCGCUUCUCCUGGCUCAGUUUGAACCUUGUUUGUUAAUUUCCUUUCGCCAACCCCGCAUCCCACCAUCCAACGAAGGCCAUAUUGUCAGUAAACCCUCAGUGCUCAGGAUCCCAUUCUAUGCCGAAUCCAACUACAGAUGACUUUUUAAUAUUGUAAAAUAUUUUCUGCUUUUUGACUUGCAUCUGAGAGUUUCUUGUUUCAGUAAAAAAGGAAAAGGAAAAAAAAUCCGCUUUUGGAAAGUAAUUUAAACGUACCUUUAUUAUUAUUUUUUUUUCUCCUUCACCUUUUCUUUCUUUGGGUAACAGCGAAGAGGGCCCAGCAGGGUAAUUCAUGGCCAAGCUAAUGUCAGUUGGUCCUCGAUCCCGAGCUGGUUCAGUCGCGCCCGAGUGCAGAAACAAGAAAUGUCUUUUUGUCAUCAGAGACACCAAGACAGAUUUUUAUGUAAAGAAAGGCACCUGGCCCCUUGAGAAUGUAUUCGUUUGUAAAAUUGCUGUUGAUCCAAAUAUUUCAAGCCAUGUAAUCCAUUAAUUUUGUGGGCAGUUUAAUAAAUCUGAAACUUUUGGGUUUCUUUUUUUUUUUUUAUUGUAUCUGAGUUUACUGUUGUUUCUCUUCAUAGUAUAUUUCCUGUAUAAUAUUUUGUAAAGCCCUCACCUGGUUCUUUUAUGGGGACUUUUCUUUGGGGGCAAUUCCAGUGUAUUUAUGUGAAACUUUAUAAAAGAACUAAUUUUUCCAUUUGCAUAUUAAUAUGUUCCUCUAUACAUGUAAAGACACAGUGGCUCGUGUGUUAUAAAACAGCUGUAUUUUAUGUAUGCUUUAAUGAUAAGUGUGCCAAUAAUAAACUGUGUUAACGACCAAA